AUGCCUCCCUCCGUAGCUCCUAGGCGCCCCGGUCCCGCGGCCGACGAUGAGGAUCCGGCUUCAUCGCCAGCCAACUCCUCUGAUACCGGAUCCGAUGCCGAAUCCGACUACCUCGACAGCCCUGCUUCGCGCAAAAGGCGGCGGACGGAACCGCCAGUCAACACAGACCUAGCCGAUCUUGAUGGUGACGACGAUGAUGACAACGAACAGGAGCUCAAGGCUAUUGUGUCGACCAUCCAGGCACCGUCGCGGAUCAAGCGCGCUGCCGCGGAACAAGCACCGCAGACCGUCCGCCCGACGCCAUCGCAAAACGCAAUUACCGCGCCGACAGACCCUAAUACCACCUUCUCCUCACUCAAUGUUCGGCCAUGGCUGGUACAGUCGCUGGCCAACAUGGCCAUUCGACGGCCAACGGGCAUUCAGAAGGGCUGUAUACCCGAGAUCUUGAAGGGAAGGGAUUGCAUCGGUGGCAGCAGGACAGGUUCUGGUAAAACGGUCGCUUUCGCGGUUCCUAUCCUCCAGAGAUGGGCUGAGGACCCCACGGGUAUCUUUGCCGUCGUCCUAACGCCCACCCGUGAGCUGGCGCUGCAAAUCUUUGAACAGUUCAAGGCCAUCUCCGCGCCCCAGAGUCUCAAGGCCAUCCUGAUCACUGGUGGCUCAGAUAUGCGCCCACAGGCCAUCGCACUGGCACAGCGUCCUCACGUCGUCAUUGCCACUCCUGGCCGUCUGGCAGAUCACAUCAGGACAUCGGGAGAGGACACUAUCUGUGGUCUCCGGCGUGUCAAGUACGUCGUGCUCGACGAAGCAGAUCGCCUGCUCGACGCCACCGGACCCGGCAGUAUGAUCCCCGACGUCGAGGAGUGCCUCUCCGUCCUUCCCCCGUCGUCGCAGCGCCAGACCCUCCUCUUCACCGCCACCAUCACCCCUGAAGUCCGCGCUCUCAAGGACAUGCCUAUCAAGCCCGGAAAGCAGCCCGUCUUCGUCUGCGAGGUCGACACCCAGUCUCUCGCCAUCCCCGCAACCCUCUCACAGAUGCACCUGCAAGUCCCCGUCACCCACCGAGAGCAUUAUCUGCACACCUUCCUGCUCACAGACGGUAACGCCUCUAAAUCCGUCAUCAUUUUCUGCAAUCGUACCUCAACUGCAGACUAUCUGCAUCACCUCCUGCGCAUGCUCGACCAUCGUGUGACAUCGCUGCACUCGGGCCUACCACAGCGCCAGCGUGUCGAUAACUUGGGUCGCUUCCGCGCCGCGGCGGCGAGAAUUCUGGUUGCUACCGACGUCGCAUCCCGUGGUCUCGAUAUCCCCGAGGUCGCCCUCGUUAUCAACUACGAUAUCCCCCGCAACCCGGACGACUAUAUCCACCGUGUCGGUCGUACGGCGCGUGCGGGACGCAAGGGUGAGGCCGUCACGUUUGUAGGACAGCGUGAUGUCGAGCUGGUUCUGGCGAUUGAGAACCGUGUGGGCAGGCAGAUGGAGGCCUGGAAAGAGGAGGGCGUCAACAUCGAGACGCGCGUGCUGCGGGACUCGCUCAAGGUUGUGACCGAGAAGAAGAGGGAGGCGUUGUUGGAGAUGGAGGAGGGAAGGGAAGUUGGUGGAAAGAGGAAGAGGACCAAGCAGAAGCUCAGAGCUUAG